AUGGCCGACACGCCCCAGCAUACGAUCACCGCCCUUCGGUACUAUGGACAGAAGGACCCGAGGCUUGAGCAAAUCCCCGCUCGCGCAUGUGGUCCAAAUGAGGUCCGUGUUAAGGUUGCGUAUUGUGGAAUCUGCGGGUCCGAUAUCCACGAAUAUCUCGGAGGGCCCAUCUUCCCACCCAAGCCCGGCGAGAGACAUCCAUGGACGGGUCAGAGCUUGCCCGUAACGUUGGGCCACGAGAUGUCCGGAGUGGUUGUGGAACUUGGGUCUGCAGUUACCGGUCUUCAAGCUGGCUCCAAGGUCUCAGUGAAUCCGGCCCUCGAUGACCGGCAUUAUGGAACUGAACCAUGCACGACUUGUCAACUUGGAAAGCGCAACAUCUGUAAACGAUACGCCUCGUAUGGAAUGAGCGCCGAAGGCGGCGGCUUCGCGUCGGAGAUCGUGGUCAACGCGAUUAAUUGCAUCAUUCUCCCUGACUCCGUCUCUCUUCGGGUUGGUGCGCUUCUGGAGCCUCUCGCGGUGGCUUGGCACUCCAUCAGGCUCUCCGGAUUUCAGAUCAAACAGACGGCAGUGGUUCUUGGGGCAGGCCCCAUUGGCUUGGCGAUCGUGAUGCUUCUCCGAGUGUGGGGUGCCCGCACGAUCGUUGUGAGCGAAGUGACUCCAUCCCGCAAGCGAAUGGCAGUGCAAUUUGGGGCGGAUGUCGUGGUCGACCCUUCGGAAAAGUCUAACGAGGACCCAGUGCUCUCAGCCAUUUAUAACAUCAACGUGGAUGGAGCGGAUGUGGUCUUCGAUGCCACUGGGCUUCAGGUCACGUUGGACACUGCCAUUGCGGCUGUUCGGCCGGGGGGUACGGUGUUCAACGUAGCAGUCCAUGAAAAGCCCUUGCAGCUGAAUCUCAAUGAUCUUGUCUGCUUUGAAAAACGACUGAUGGGUGGCAUUUGCUACACCAUGGAGGACUUUAUUGGUGUACUUCAAGCACUGGAGUCUGGAAACGCCCCCGCCGAGGACAUGAUCACGUCGAUUGUCUCGCUAAAUGAGGUGGUAGAGAAGGGAUUUCUGGAAUUGAUCAAUAACAAGGCGGCUCACGUAAAGAUCCUGGUUGAUCCUGCUAUGAAUACAGAGCUGAGAAAUUCCCGGCCGCGCCUUUGA